AUGAAUGAGAAUCCGUCAGAAUGCAGCAUCAAAGUCGUCUGCCGCUUCCGACCUCUCAACUCGGCGGAAGAGAAAGCUGGAAGCAAAUUUAUGGCAAAAUUUCCCUCAGGAAGCGAAGAUUGCGUUUCCGUUGGGGGAAAAGUGUACAUAUAUGACAAAGUAUUUAAACCUAACGCCACACAAGAGAAAGUUUAUAACGAAGCUGCUCAAGCUAUAGUAAAAGAUGUCCUUAUGGGGUACAAUGGAACGAUAUUUGCUUAUGGGCAGACGUCUAGUGGGAAGACACACACGAUGGAAGGCAUAUUAGGGGACCAUAUACAACAAGGCAUCAUUCCACGGAUAGUAAACGAUAUAUUUAAUCACAUUUACUCCAUGGAUGAAAAUAUUGAAUUUCAUAUAAAGAUAUCAUAUUUUGAAAUUUAUUUAGAUAAAAUCAGGGACCUUCUAGAUGUGUCAAAAACAAAUCUUUCCGUUCAUGAAGAUAAAAACAGAGUUCCUUUUGUGAAGGGUGCUACAGAACGUUUUGUUACAAGCCCAGAAGAAGUGAUGGAAGUUAUUGAUGAAGGAAAAGCAAAUAGGCAUAUUGCAGUCACAAAUAUGAAUGAACACAGUUCAAGAAGUCAUAGUGUUUUUCUUAUCAAUGUUAAGCAAGAAAAUCUAGAAAACCAAAAAAAACUUAGUGGAAAAUUAUACUUAGUUGAUUUAGCAGGUAGUGAAAAGGUCAGUAAAACUGGUGCUGAAGGAAUGGUGUUAGAUGAAGCAAAAAAUAUUAAUAAAUCUCUAUCAGCAUUAGGAAAUGUAAUUUCAGCACUUGCAGAUGGAAAUAAAUCUCACAUACCUUAUCGAGAUAGUAAGUUAACAAGAAUUUUACAAGAGAGUUUAGGGGGUAAUUCACGUACUACAAUUAUUAUUUGCUGUUCGCCUGCAUCCUUCAACGAAUGUGAAACUAAAUCUACGCUUGACUUCGGGCGCAGGGCCAAAACAAUUAAAAAUACUGUUGUUGUUAAUGAAGAGCUAACAGCUGAAGAGUGGAAGAGAAGGUAUGAGAAGGAAAGGGAGAAAGCUUUAAGAGUGAAAGCACAGUUGACAAGAGCAGAGUAUGAAUUAAGCAGAUGGAGAAAUGGAGAAAAUGUACCUCAUGAUGAACAACUACUUAUGAAAGACAUAAUGGAAAACAGCACAACCAGCUUGACAGAAAUUAUUCCUGUGUCAAAUCUACCUGUAAAUAUUGUUCAAGUAUCUUCUGAGCCUUUAAGUAAUGCUGAACGUGUCAAAUUUGAGGAGGAAAGAAGUCGCUUAUACACCCAACUAGAUGAAAAGGAUGACGAAAUCGACCGACAGAGUCAGUUGAUUGAAAAAUUGAAAGAGCAAAUGCUUGAACAGGAAGAGUUAAUUACAUCAACUCGAAAAGACUAUGAAACACUUCAACAAGAAAUGAAUCGAAUUCAACAAGAAAAUGAAUCUGCCAAAGAAGAAGUGAAAGAAGUAUUACAAGCUUUGGAAGAGUUGGCAGUUAACUAUGACCAAAAAUCUCAAGAAGUUGAAAAUAAAAACAGAGAAUAUGAAACUCUUAACGAGGAACUUAGCCAAAAAUUAUCCCAGUUGAAUACUGCACAAAAUGAGUUGCAACAAAUGAAAGACCACACACUUCAUCAACGGAAAAGGGUCACUGAAAUGCUUACAAGCCUUUUAAAAGACCUUGGUGAAGUUGGACAUGUGCUUGGAAACAACUCUGUUGAAACCAAAUUUUCCGCAGAAGUAUCUGGGAAAAUUGAAGAAGAAUUUACAGUUGCAAGGCUCUUUAUCAGCAAAAUGAAAUCAGAAGUGAAGGCUCUCACAACACGUUGUCACCAGUUAGAAGCAUUCCAAGCUGACUGCAACAAAAAAAUUGAAGCAAAUGAAAAAGAGUUAGCUGAAGGUCGUCUGUUGAUCAGCCAGUAUGAAGCAAAAAUGAAGUCCUUGCAAGAGUCCAUGAGAGAUGUUGAUGCUAAGAAACGCAAUCUGGAAGAAGCUGUUGACAGUUUGAAUGAAGAAUGUGCAAAACUAAAAGCUGCUGAAGAGAUGCACAUAAUGACUUCUAAGGAGAAGGAAAAACUAAAGGAUUCAGCAGAAAAAAUGAAAGAGGCUUUAGAGCAGCAGAUCGAGAAACAUAGAGAGGCGCAUCAAAAGCAGUUGUCUACUUUACGCGAUGAAAUAGCUGAAAAAGAAACCCAAAUCGAUAAACUCAGAGAUUUGAAUCAAAAGCUUUCUCUGGCUCAGGAGCGUCUUCAACAAGAAUAUGAAAAAUUAAAACGGGAAGAAAGCAUACAAAGCAAUAAAUUAAAAGAACUUACAUUUUUGAAUGAACGAAGGGAACAAGCACGUCAAGAUCUAAAAGGCCUUGAAGAAACUGUUUUGAAAGAAUUACAGACUCUACAUAAUUUACGCAAGCUCUUUGUUCAAGAUCUUCAAAGCAGGGUGAAGAAAUCAGCCUUGGGAGAGGAUAAUGAAGAGGGCAAUGGUACGCCAGCUCAGAAGCAAAAAAUAGCUUUCCUUGAAAACAAUCUUGAUCAACUGACUAAAGUCCACAAACAGCUUGUUCGAGACAAUGCUGAUCUGCGCUGUGAGUUACCGAAACUGGAAAAAAGGUUACGUGCAACCAUGGAUAGAGUGAAAUCCUUAGAAACAGCUCUGAAAGAAGCAAAGGAAAGUGCUAUGAGAGACCGUAAAAGGUAUCAAUAUGAAGUGGAUCGCAUAAAAGAAGCUGUGCGUCAAAAGAAUUUAGCUAGAAGGGGUCAUAUGGCACAAAUUGCUAAACCUAUUCGUGCUGGUCAACCUCAUCUUGUGGGUGCUGGUUUUAGAACAGGAAUCAUUCCCAUGCUAAACAUGGCUAAUUUAGGAAGAAAUGAUAAUAGGCGAAUUGUUUCUGAGAAAAUUAUCAGUGAUAUUGAAAUUACUCCUAUCAAAACCUUUGAUAAAAUUUCCAAUGAGAGGAAUUUCGUUGAAAAACCUGAAGAAAUAAAUGUCAACUAAAGGAAAGAGCUUUUGUGAUAUUUGCC